AUGAAGUCGCUUUUGUUUGUUUGUCUGGCGUUUGCUGUUGUCAACUUCGGCAGUGCUGAAGAUGACGGUCAGUAUCGUCCAGGGAAGUACGGCGGUGACGACGGGAAGUACCGUCAUACGAACGACGGGCGCUACUUCGGAAGGAAUGGCAAAUAUGAUUCUAUCUACUCUGCCUACCAGCCACUCUUCAGCGCUUACACUCCUUACCAGCAGUUGAUAGCCCCUGUGGUCACGUACGACAGUAUCGAGCUUGCACCGUUGGCGUCUUCCUUGUCUGCGGUCAAAUACCAACCGAUAACUCCUAAACCUUUGCCGAGACCAGUUCAGCCAUACAGACUGCCAGUGUACUCUAGGACUCAGUAUACCACUGACCGGUAUGCGGCUAUUGUGAGGCAAGACCAAGAUUUGGAUCUCAACGGUUACCACUAUGCGUAUCAAACGCAGAAUGGUAUAGCUGCUGAGGAGAAUGGCUCAGUGGCUGCUCCUGGCACCAGUGGAGGUACCCGAGCGAGCGGCUUCUACGAGUACGUCGGAGAUGACGGUGUCAAGUACAGAGUCGACUACAUUGCCGACGAGAACGGUUUCCAACCCAGAGGCGCGCACUUACCCCAAUCUCAAUAA